AUGCUUGUCUCUCAAUUGAUUAACGGUUUACCAUCUUCAGUAGCACUUCAAGUUCGAAAGGCCGUUGCAGAUAUGAAUGAUAGUCGUAUUAAAUCCAUAAUUGAUUGGAUUGAACAACAACCAGAUAAAUCAUUGAUUACUGCAAGUAUUGCGCACAAUGGCGAAGAUUUUGGAAUAACUAGUGUGCUAAAAUUUCAAAAGUUUAAUUUAAUAGAUUUUGGCGAUGGAACUCCAAUAAAACAGAGACGAGAAUUUAUAGAAGAUGGGUUGUAUAUAAUACAGAAUACCGAGACAGAGGAUGGAAUAGAAGUUUAUUUUAGUUUACAAACUGAAAAAUUGAAAAUCUUGGAACAGGAUCCUGAAUUUAAGAAAUUUAUUAUUUCAUAA